GAAUAAGUACUGGAAGUACUGCAGCCUCCAUUUGACUAAAACAGUAUCUUGUCCAGUUCAACUCGACUCGGUGCACGUCGAAGUCUUUCAAGAUAGCUUAGCUUAGCUUAGCUUGCUAGCCGCUGACCAAGCGACGCCCACGCGAGCAACACGUCGCAAAGCAGCGAUCAAGUGUGAGGGUAAAAUGUUGUGAUUAUCGCGCGAAAGAAAAUGUGUGCGAGAACGACACGUGACUACGCGGAGGAACUUUCGGGAAGGAAAACGGAGAAGGAGCCACUCGACGCUGUUUUGGGGCAACCUCGAGAUGUGUCACGCGGAGCAGACGUCAGCGAGGAAGACGUACGUCGUGAGCAUCGGGAGCCAGAAGAGGAUGAGCAAGAGCCACCCGACAUUAAAGAGGAAGCGGCGCCGGCGCCUCCUCACGUCAAAGAAGAAGAGUGCGAGGACGAUAUCGGCGAGGUUCCGUUCACCGGUCGCAUUGUGAAGAGCGAAGAAGACAUCAGUGAAACAUAUCUUCAUCCUGCGCGACAAGCGUUAGAGUCCCGUCCCAUGAAAGAGGAGGAGGAGUAUGAUUUCACCAGGUUGCCAUUAACUGGCGUCCAUUUAAAGAGUGAAGAAGACCAGGACAAAGGUCGAAGUGGGGAGGAGCUUCCAAGCAGCAGCUCAAGUCAACGCAUGACAACAGAAGGUGACGGAGACCAGUGGGGAUCACAAGCAGACGGCCUCUUUGCUCCACUCUCAGAUAGCGACGACGCAAUGUCGCACGCUCGUGACUCUCAUGACGACGAUGACGACGACAUGGAUGACGACGACGACGGUGACGAACACUCUAAAGGUGAUAUGACACGUCACAGUGACAAGAAGCGCUGGGAAUGUUCUCAGUGUGACAAAACCUUUGAUGCCAAGUACACUUUGAAAGUACACUUGACAAUGCACACGACAGAGAAACGUUUUGUCUGCUCAGUUUGUGAUAAAAGAUUCACCCAAAAAGCCACUUUGACCACACACAAAAAAUCACACACUAGAGAGAAACGUUUCACUUGCUCAGUUUGCCUCUUGACUUUUCGGAAGCAUUGCAAUUUAAAAGCACACACAAGGACACACACAGGAGAAAAACCUUUUGCCUGCUCAGUUUGUGGUAAAAGAUUCACUGAAAAAGGACACUUAAGAACACACUCAAGAACGCAUACUGGCGAGAAACCUUUUGCCUGCUCAGUUUGCGGCCAAAGCUUUUCUGAAAGCGGAAGCUUAAGAAAACACGCAAGAACCCACAGUGGAGAAAAACCUUUUGCCUGCUCAGUUUGUGCUAAAACCUUCACCCAGAAGGGACAUUUAAGAAGGCAUACAAGAACACACACUGGAGAGAAACCAUUCAGUUGCAGCGUGUGUGACAAAAGAUUCUGUAAUAAGUAUCAGGUUACGAUACACAAGUGUGCUGGUGAGAAUCGUAGUAGUCAGUGAAGCUUUAAAGAGGCAGUGGAGAAACUGACUGCGGUAAGCUGUAAAAGUGUACAAAUGAUCCUGAAUAAAAUGAAAGUCU